UUAAAUAGGACUCAAUCUACAUUCACUCAUCUAUGUUGCAAACAAUUUAAUUCUAUUAAAUCUAAAUUUACAUCAUUUGUAAAUGUUUAUAGUUACAUGACUCAAUCUUCCUCCCAUAUAAAUAUUUUUGAUAAAAUUUAUAAAUUAUUUUUAAAAUUUACUGUACGAGAAGACUUUCCUAGAUGUCUUCUCACGCGGAGGAUUAUUAUAGUAAAACUCAAUACAAGUUUUUUGUUUGGUCAUACGAGGUUUGUUAUAAUUUCACUAGUUUUUUAGAUUACUUUGAAUUUGAUUAAAUUUGGGAUACACUUUUUUGUAUUUAAAAUCAAAUUUUAAGUUAUUUUUGUAAAAUUCCCCUUUUAUUUAUGUUCUUUUACAUAAAUAUGAAGAACAAAUAAUAUUCAUUAUAUAUAUAUAUAUAUAGUUUAUAGAUAUAUAUUCCCCUUUUUGUCAACAUAGAUAUAUAUAUUCCCUUUUUAUUGUUUAUGUAGUUUUGGUAAGAAAAGAAAAGGAAAAUGAAAUUAAAAUAAAAUCGAACCAGAAAUUUAUUAAAUAAAAUGGAAAUAUAAAUAGUUUUAACAUUGACAACUAUGUAUGACUUUUUUUUUUUCGCUAUAGAACUAUGUAUGACUUUUAAUUCAUGAAAGUUAACUUUAUAAUUGAUAAUGAAAGAAUUAUGAUAUUCGAUCAAUCCAGCCAUUAUUUGGAUGCUAAUGUUUCUUAUGUCUUUCUAAAAAAGGAUGCGCCUUGCUGAAUCUAUCCUUUAAAUUAUUUUUGAAAAGUUAGUAGUUGGGCAAAUAAUAUAUCGAGUUUCCCACACGAUCAGUGUUUAAAAAAGUCAAUAUGCCAAUUUUGGCAAUUUAGCUUUAGACGAAAUACAACUAAUUAUAUGCGUCUCUCAAAGCCACUUUUUUUAACCCAAAAACAAAUAUGUGAAUUGUGUAUAUAAAUAAGGUUUCAACGGCCCUCUUUCUGUUCACAAACCAACACCGCUACUCAUUUCUACUAAACGCAAGAACCAUGGCAAAUCAAGUCUCCAAACAAAUAUUCAAAACCCUAUUUUCUUUCUUCUUAUUCGUUUUACUCCUCUCUGAUACGGUCUCAUCAGUCCGAAAAUCAAUCGACCUAAAAAAACCAUGCAAACAUUUCGUCCUCCGUCUCCAUAACAUUGCCUACGAUGGUGAUAACGCGGAUAAUGCCACGUCAGCAACAAUUGUAAACCCUAUAGGACUAGGCAACUUCAAUUUUGGAAAGUUUGUAGUCUUUGACAACCCUGUGACAAUGGACGAGAACUACCUCUCGGAACCGGUGGCUCGUGCCCAAGGCUUCUUCUUCUACAACAAGAAGACGACCUACAACACGUGGGUGACUUUCACGUUGUUGUUUAACUCAACGCAACACAAAGGGACAAUGACCAUAAUCGAUGCGAAUCCGAUGAUGGAGCCGACCAGAGACCUAUCGAUUGUUGGCGGGACCGGUGAUUUCCUCAUGACUCGUGGGGUUGUUACGUUGACGACCGAUACCUUUGAAGGCAGCAAGUAUUUCCGUAUCAAACUGGAUAUUAAACUCUACGAGUGUUACUAAUAUAUAUGUAUCCUUUGUCUCCGUUUGGGUUUCAUGUGUGUUUGGACAUUUCAAUAAUGCAUUCCAGGUGAUGUUUCUUCAAGUUGCCACAUAAUAGUAUUGUAAUUCGCUUGUAACGAGUUUUAUGAUAAUAAUAAUCUUAUGUUUUGUUUACUAAA